AUGCCACCCAAGGCUGAUCCUACUGAAAUAAAAUACGUUAUCAUCCGUUCCACCGGUGGUGAAGUUCCUGGUGGUUCCGUGCUUGCUCCCAAGCUCGGUCCUCUUGGUGUGCCCCCCAAGAAGGCUGGUGAUGAUAUUGCCAAGGCUACUCAGGCUUACAAAGGUUUGAAGGUCACUGUUCGUCUGGCCGUGCAGAAUCGUCAGGCAACAGUCGAGGUUCUUCCCUCUGCAUCUACUUUGCUUAUUCAAGCACUCAAAGAACCUCCUCGUGACAGAAAGAAGGAGAAGAACAUCAAGCACAGCGGCAAUCUUACUCUUAACCAGGUUUGUGAAAUUGCACGCAAGAUUCAGCACAAAUCGUACGCCAAGGAGUUUUCUGGUAACGUCAAGGAGGUUCUUGGCACUGCAUUCUCUGUUGGAUGCACUGUUGAUGGACAACCACCCCAGGAUUUGAUUGAAAAGAUCCAGUCCGGAGAGCUUGAAGUUCCCAGCGCAUAAGCAAUGAAGAUUCUGUUACAGCUUUUUAAAUUGA